AUGCAGGAGCUCUCUGAGAUGAUUUCAGCUGAAGAUAUAACUGCAGAUUCAGUUUCUAUGACAGAGGAUGAGUUGGCCAAAUAUAACAGCCUGAAAAGUGAGCUUUGGCCCACAGAAACGAAUAACCAUAUUUCCUCUCUGCUUGUGGAUGGAACUAUUUACUCAGAGCCAAAAGACAUACGUUUACAUAUCAUAGAUUUUUAUAAAUCUCUCUUCAGCCGUGAGGGUAGGAUUUCUUUUGACAUCUCUGGUAUUGCUUUCGACAGAACCUCUGUUGAGCAGUGUGAGUCUUUUAUCAAGCCUUUUGAGGAGUCUGAAAUCCUCAUCGCUAUUUCAUCAUGUGGCGUGAAUAAGGCUCUAGGACCGGAUGGUUUAAAUUUUUUCUUUUAUCGGAGAGCUUGGCCAGUAAUAAAGGAUGUUAUUGUUGAUUUCUUCAACAGGUUUCACAGUUUUAGUACUCUGCCUAGAGGUAUUAAUUCUUCUUUUUUGGUUCUAGUUCCAAAGGUCGCGGGUUCUUCUAAUAUUAAGGAUUAUUGUCCUAUCAGUUUGAUUAACGGGUUUUACAAGAUGCUUUCAAAAGCACUUAAUAUGAGAUUAUCCCCUAUUCUUGCAUAUGUUAUUUCAGAUUGCCAACACGGUCUUUUGAAGGGUAAAAAUAUUAUGGACUGUUCUAUGAUAGCAAAUGAACUUAUUCAUGUUGUUAUUUAG